UUUGCGUCCCGCGGGACAGCUGAGGAGCCUGGAGGUGGAGUGGCCAUGGCGACUGUGGUGGGAGCCAGUGGGGCCAGGGACGGCGGUGGUGGCGGCGGAGAAGGUGAACUCAUCAAACCUUUUACUCCAGAGAAAGCAAAAGAAAUUAUAAUGUCUCUGCAGCAACCGGCAGUCUUCUGCAACAUGGUUUUUGAUUGGCCAGCCCAACACUGGAAUGUUACAUAUCUUUCCAAGCUGUUGUGUGGAAAGCAGAUACGAUUUAGAAUGGGAAUGAAAAAAACAGAUACAGUUCCUCAGUUUGAAACUAUGUGCAGUUAUGUAGAUGCUACACUUGAGGAAUUUCUGGCCUGGAGCUGUGACCGAGGGGUUAACCAUGCUGGGCCAUUUACCCAUUAUGAUAAUUCCAAGUUCUGGGCUUAUGCUGACUACAAAUACCUUGCCAGUGUAUUUGAAGAUAAUACAGAUGUUUUGCAGAAUGUAGUAUGGUCUGACUUUGGUUUUCCUGGAAGAAAUGGAAGAGAAAGCACAUUGUGGAUUGGCUCACUGGGAGCCAACACACCCUGCCAUUUGGAUUGCUAUGGUUGUAACUUAGUAUUCCAGGUACAAGGAAGAUCAUCACCCUUGGUGUUACCCUCCUCAAUUGGACCUCAUCUAUUCAUCGGAGUGACAUACCUUGGACCUCACCAUUACUGGAAAAGGUGGCAUCUCUUCCCUCCUCAAGAUACUGCUUUUCUUUAUCCAACCAGAAUCCCCUAUGAAGAAUCUAGUGUUUUCAGCAAAGUCAAUGUUGUCAAUCCUGAUUUAAAGCACUUUCCUCAGUUUCUGAAAGCUCAAAGGCAUAUGGUUACACUCUACCCAGGACAGGUCUUAUUUGUCCCCCGACACUGGUGGCAUUAUGUGGAAUCCAUCGACCCCAUCACUGUCAGUAUAAACUCGUGGAUUGAACUGGAGGAGGACCAUCAGGCUCGGGUAGAAGAGGCCAUCACCCGAAUGAUAGUGUGUGCCUUGAAAGGUGCAGAAGAUCCCACUGACACCAAAGCCUGGUUAAACCCUACAGAGGUGGAGGGAACAUCUCAUGAAAUCAAUUGUCAGUAUUUAAAUGGAGCCAUUUCUGCCUAUUUGGAACACAGUAAAGUAGCAGAAACAUUAACGCCCACUGAGUUCAAAAUAAAUGGUAAACACAGAGUAAAGUCACCCUUGAAAAAGAGGAAAUUGGAUGUAUGCACCAGAUCAAAGGAGAAAAAAUCACCUAAUUGUACAUUAGCUACAGUUACGGCAAAGCCUGAGGAGAAGAUCCCCUUUGGCCUGGAUCUAAUUCCAGUGUCACCCAGUCUUCAAGAUGAAUCUUCAGAAAGAGGAAUAGAUGAGAGCGAUAUUAAAGACGUUGUCAAGGAAAGUGGGGGACGUGAGGGGAAUUUAAAUUGUGCACGAGAGCAACUGGUGAUGAAUCAAGCUGAGAUGCCACUUGCAGAUAACGUUGUUUCUGACAGCACCACAUGCCCUUCUCAACCGUUCAUCUCUACAGAUGACCUGCUGGAUUGUUUGGUGGAUCCAAAAGUAAUACAUCUAGUAGCACAACUUUUGUUACAGAAAAGAACUUAGAACUUAGAAGUAUAAUUUUUGAAAAAUUAAAUGAUGCUACAUUAACAAGAUACUUUUCCUUUUUCAAAAUAUAUUUUUUUUAAGUAACUUAACAUUUACUUUUGCCUUAGCUUGUCAUUUCAGACCAUUUCAGUGUUUGGAAGGGUGAGUUAAGUGGGUGUUAGAAUUAGAAAAUGCAAUAUGCAACAGUAUUUCCAAAGAGAUAAAUGAUGAUCCAGCAUUAGUAACAAGACUGGCAUUUUUCUGUAUUGUUGGUUUCUGUUUCCUCCCAAGGCAUUCAGGGUGGUGUGCUAAAAUAGUUUCAUCUGUGCUUCUCAAUGAAGUGGGUAGUAUAGAAUUGAUAAGAUGAGAAAACUGAGGUAAAGACAAUGAUAGUCACAGAAUAAAUGUACUUCAGAGCUUCCACAGAACCAUAGAAUUUUCCAUCUGGAAGCAACCACAUACAGAUUUUCUUAGGCUAAAGAACCUGACACCUUAAGAAGUUAAGUGAUUUGCUCAAAUCCAUGUGGCUGAUAAAUGGUUGAAUUUGUAGCAGGAGUUAGAGCUCCUGCCUUCUCAUCCAGUGCUCCAUGCUGAGACUAUGCCAUCUCCUUAGGCUUGGCACCCCAGCCACACUAUCCCUGAUGUUGUUUUUUUUUUUUUUUUUAAUUUCUUUAUUUUUAGUUUACCACACACGGUUCUACAUGGUUUUGAGUUCCAGUUUUUAUCCCUGAUGUUAAAAGAGAAAAGAGCUUUACCUCACCAACGCAAACUUUUGCCAUAUCUGUAUCGGAUUCAUACCCAGGAAGCAACCACAGCUAAAGAGUGGCCCUCAUGCCUGUCUCAGCCCAAGGACCUGAAGCAACCAUGCCAGAGAAUAUGAUCAGAAAUUCAGCUUCACUGGGGAGUUGGGCCCUCAUCUUUGCCUUAUAAAAAUGUGAAGAAACCACUCUUUGCUCCAGAACCCUCUCAAGAGCUAUUGAUCUCGAUAGCUUGUCCCUCACUAAUCUCAAUUGGACCUGUAAUCCUUUUGCCCCUCCCCACUUUGGUUAGACCUCUUUCAGGCUGCCAUGGCCCAGCAGUUACAGAGAAGUUAGGAAAAGCAGCUUCCUAAUAAUUGGAGCAGCUGGGCAGUAGAAUGGAGCAGGAUGGAAUGGAUGGCCUCAUGACAGCAUCAAAUGUACUCCAUUCGUAACAGGAAGUAAAAGAUGUCAGGAAACUUUAGAGGGGCAAGAUUGGGCCAGAUACCUAAAUAUGGUGGCUUUAUAUAUGUUAACAUUUUUCACCACAUGUAGGUUAUAUACAUAUAUAUGGGAUAAGAAAAUAGUCAUGUUCUGUGUCAUCUGUGUAUCAUAGUGACACUAGGCUGUCAAGCAGCUAUGCCUAACCCUGAUUUAGGAACAUCUCCAGAUACUCCUAAUUAUCCAAGGGCUGUCAUAUUUUAAAAAGGAAAUGUGUUUGGGAAAAAUAAAUAUAACUUUGGUCAAGUCACUCGCUGGGCCUCAGCAUCCCUGAAUGUAAAAUAAUGGAGUUGUAAAAAAUGUCCAUUAAAAUAUCUUACUGAUUUAAGGAUAAAAACCCUAAAAAGGAUGGCAUGCAAAGUACCUUCAAUAUGAUCAAAAAUAUGUAUGUAAAUCUAAUAUCCAAAUCUAAAAUCUAAAUCUAAAGCUAAUAUCUGCAGUGGUGAAACACUGGAUUUUUUCUUUUUUUGGUUCUAUGUGAAACUAUAAAUUUUUGUUUUUUAGAACUUGACUUUUUUUUAAAGUAUGUGAUGAAUCUCAAACAUUACUUUUGAAAUAGCCCUUGCCUGUACUUCCUUUUUGCCUCUGGAUUUUCAAAUGUGUUACAGUGGUCCCCUUUUCUGACAUUGCUAGCUCCCCAUCCCCAACACACAACCCUCUCCAAAAUUUAAAACCAAAAGAAAAAAAAAAAAACCCUUGCAAUAAUUAAGCCUAGUCAAGCAAAACGUCUGUGGACCAUAUCCAGAAAUGUAUUGUCUCCAACAUAGCUUCAUCACAGGUAUUUUAGAGACAUGGUUUGGUCAUUGCUUUGAUUAGAGUUCUUAAAACUUUUCAGAGUUGUUUUUCUUUACAGUGUUGCUGACCUUGUGCAAAUUGUUGUAGGUUUGGUUACAUCAGUUCUACCCAGGAAUCUCUGAAAUAGUCUCUUUUUGUCAUUUCUUAUGAUAUAAUCAUAUUCCAUUACAUUAAUAUUAAGAUACCUUUGUGUACCUUUGUAAUGUACAUUACGUUAAUAAACCACAGUUUGUUCA